AUGGCCACAAACCGACCAACGACGCGACGCAGGAGCGCAAAACAAGCCUUCGAGGACGAUGAUGCGCCCGCGUUGAAGCGACCGAAAACAGAAGUGAAUGGAACAGUUAAGAGGACGGCUGCUGCGACAAAGAAGGCUACCAAAGCUGCUGCAUACGACGAGGACGAUGAUGGCUUCCAAUUCUCGCGUCGCACUUCACGAAGGACUACAAAGGCAAAUACAGCGCCAGCCCCAGAACCCAUACCUGAGGAGAAACCAGCGAAACCCGUACGAGCUCUGGAGACGCAACAGGCCAAAACCACAUCGCGACAGAAGAAGAAGUCAAUUGCUGCGAUUGACCCAGAAACUUCAGACUCGAGCAAGCGAAGGAGAUCAGCGCGUAUCUCUGGCGACAGGGAACAAUUGGAAGUGCGUCCAAAGGUCCCGCAUCCUCCACCAGCGAAGCCACGCACGAAGAAGGUCGCGCCGGUAGAAAAGGAAAAGAAGAAGCAAACUACACCGGCUCCCGAACCUCAGCCAGAACCAAAGGGCGCGUAUGCAGCUGUGCAAACACCAACAACAGGCGCGAGGAAGCGCGACCCGAACGCGCAAAGAAUCAUGCUCCCUUUUGCCGACACACCUGUCAUUACACGGAACAAGGAAAUGCGGAAGGGCAACAAGGAUGGGCCGAGGAGGAGCAGCACAGGCUUGCGGGGAAGACGGGCAAGCUCGCUGAUUGAUAGCGGUCAGUCCAAUGCACUACCACAUUCUGAGGUCGAAGCCCACGAUUUCUACAAGUACAUCGAGCAAAGUUUACCCGAGCCACGGCGGAUGAAGCAAUUAUUGACAUGGUGUGGAACGAGAGCGCUGCCGGCGAAGCCAUCGGGCGACGUUAAGAAUGCGAAUGCAAUCAUGGCUGCGCGAGCGAUACAACAAGAGCUCAUUGAUGAGUUUGCAAGCAGGCCUGAACUUUCAGACUGGUUCAGUAGGGAAGAACCACCAGCACCCCCUGUAGUAAAGAAGCCCAACCCCCAAAACGAGAAGAAUAAAGCCACACUACAGGAGUUAGAAGAGGAAGUCAAACGUUUAGAAGAAGAAAAAGCAGCCUGGGAAACCAUCGCCUCAACCUCAAAACCCACCCCUGCACCCUCGAUCCCUCCGGACUCCACACCACCCCCCCUCUCCGCCAUCGACGCCUCCCUCCUCGACCCAUCCCAAGCCGCCAUCCUCUCCGCCCUCCAACAAGAACCACAACCGCCUUCCUCAACCUUCAAUUUCAGCUUCACAUCCCCCGCAUCCCUACAAUCCCACCUCGACUCCCUCGCCAAUUCCCUCGAACCACACAUCGAUGUCUUUGCAGACGGGCUCCAUAAGAUUGAGCAGUAUCGUAAUACGGCUGAGCGCGUCGCGGAUCGUGUUCUUGCGACGGCAGCGAGGAGGCUGGAGGAAAGAGAUCGCGAGGCCAAGGAAAGGGUGGGGACGGUGGGCGUUGGUGUGGGCGAUGUGCUAAGAGGGUUGGCGGGCGUGCUGGGGGAGGGUGCGGGGUGA